AUGGACGCGGGAGGCCGGAGGAGGAGGAGCCCCCCCUGGCUCGGGCUGUGGCUGCUGGCCGGCGCGCUCGGGAGGGCCGGAGCCCUGCGAGGAAACGACAAUAGUGAAACCCUUCCCGAGUCUAUCCCAUCUGCUCCUGGGACACUGCCCCAUUUUAUGCAAGAGCCAGAUGACGCAUACAUAAUUAAAAGCAAUCCUAUCAUGUUGCGCUGCAGAGCUGUGCCCGCAAUGCAAAUCUUUUUCAAGUGCAAUGGAGAAUGGGUCCACCAGAAUGAGCAUGUCUCAGAAGAGAGCAUGGAUGAAAGUACCGGCUUGAAGGUUCGGGAAGCAUACAUCAAUGUGACAAGGCAGCAAGUGGAGGAUUUUCACGGGCCAGAGGACUACUGGUGUCAGUGUGUUGCAUGGAGCCACCUAGGGACUUCGAAGAGCAGGAAGGCUUCGGUCCGCAUUGCCUAUUUACGGAAAAACUUUGAACAAGACCCUCAGGGAAAGGAGGUUCCUAUUGAAGGGAUGAUAGUCCUGCACUGUCGGCCACCAGAGGGAGUACCUGCAGCUGAGGUGGAAUGGCUUAAGAAUGAGGAAACCAUUGACUCCGAGCAGGACGAGAACAUUGACACCCGCGCAGAUCACAACCUGAUCAUCCGUCAAGCCCGCCUGUCCGAUUCUGGGAACUACACCUGCGUGGCAGCCAACAUUGUUGCCAAAAGGAGAAGCAUGUCAGCCACAGUUGUGGUGUACGUGAAUGGAGGCUGGUCUUCGUGGACGGAGUGGUCGAACUGCAACGUGCGAUGUGGCAGAGGGUGGCAGAAGAGGUCACGGACCUGUACAAACCCCGCCCCUCUUAAUGGAGGCGCGUUCUGCGAGGGAAUGUCGGUGCAGAAAACUACCUGCACUUCGCUUUGCCCUGUGGAUGGUGGCUGGGAGGUCUGGAGUGAGUGGUCCGUCUGCAGCCCAGAAUGCGAGCACUUGAGGAUCCGUGAAUGCACAGCUCCACCACCAAGAAAUGGUGGGAAAUUCUGUGAAGGCCCAAGCCAAGAAUCCGAAAACUGUACUGAAGGUCUCUGCAUACAAGAUAAAAAGCCUCUUCAUGAAAUAAAACCCCAAAACAUUGAGAAUGCCACGGACAUUGCCCUGUACUCAGGCUUGGGAGCUGCAGUCAUUGCGGUGGCUGUCAUAGUAGUCGCCGUGACUCUCUACAGACGGAGCCAGAGUGAAUAUGGUGUGGAUGUCAUCGACUCAUCUGCCCUGACCGGAGGAUUCCAGACAUUCAAUUUUAAAACUGUACGCCAAGGUAACUCCUUGCUUUUGAACUCAUCCAUGCAGCCUGACCUGACCGUGAGUAGAACCUACAGUGGACCCAUUUGCCUUCAAGACCCCAUCGACAAGGAGCUGAUGACCGAAUCAUCCCUUUUCAACCCUCUGUCUGAUAUUAAGGUCAAAGUUCAGAGUUCAUUUAUGGUUUCGCUGGGGGUGACUGACCGAUCGGAAUACCAUGGGAAAACACAUUCUGGGACAUUUCCACAUGAUGGUAACAGAACCUUCAAUACGUUGCAUGCCAAGAACAAAGCUGCAUAUAUCCAGAAUCUCUCAUCACUCUCCAAAAGAAAUGAAACAAGGGCUAUUGGCAUAUUUGGUCACCUGGGAGGACGUUUGGGAAUCCCCAACACAGGAGUUAGCCUGCUAAUUCCACAUGGUGCUAUCCCUGAAGAAACAUCUUGGGAGAUGUACCUUUCCAUCAACCAAGGCGAGCCCAGCCUACAGCCAGAAGGCAGUGAAGUCCUCCUUGGUCCCGAAGUAACCUGCGGCCCUCCAGAAGUGACAGUUUCAACGCCAUUUGCCUUGACGAUACCCCACUGUGCGGAAGUGAACUCCGAGCACUGGAAUAUCCACUUGAAAAAGAAAAAGCAGCAGGGAAAAUGGGAGGAAGUGAUGUCUGUGGAAGAGGAAACAACUUCCUGUUAUUGCCUGUUGGAUCCAUACGCCUGCCACAUUCUCUUAGACUCUUUUGGAACUUAUGCUCUCAUUGGGGAGCCUCUCUCAGAAUGUUGCAUUAAGGAACUGAAAGUGGCCGUCUUUGGCUGUAUGUCUUGCAAUUCACUGGAUUACAGACUGAGAGUAUACUGCAUAGAUAACACUCCCUGUGCAUUUCAGGAAGUAGUUUCAGAUGAAAAGAACCAUGGCGGGCAGUUGCUGGAAGAACCAAAGCUGUUGCAUUUCAAAGGGAAUACCUUCAGUCUUCAGAUCUCUGUCCUUGAUAUCCCCCCUUUCCUCUGGAGAAUCAAACCAUUCACAGCAUGUCAGGAAGUUCCUUUUUCACGUGUGUGGUGCAGCAACCAGCAGCCACUCCACUGUGCCUUUUCACUGGAGCGCUACACUCCUGCCACAACACAGCUCUCGUGCAAGAUCUGUGUCAGACAGGUCAAGGGCCACGAGCAAAUCUUGCAGAUCCAGACAUCGAUUCUAGAGAAUGAAAGAGAAACCAUCACUUUCUUUGCACAUGAUGACAGCAACUUUCCUGCUCAGAUGGGCCCGCAAGCCUUCAAGAUACCCUACUCCAUUCGGCAGAGGAUAUGUGCCACUUUUGACACCCCUAGCUCCAAAGGCAAAGACUGGCAGAUGUUAGCACAGAAGAACAGCAUCAACAGGAAUUUGUCUUAUUUUGCGACUCAGCGCAGCCCAUCUGCUGUCAUUUUGGACUUGUGGGAAGCCAGACAUCAGCAUGACGGUGACUUAGACUCUCUAGCCUGCGCCUUGGAAGAGAUCGGAAGGACACAGCCCAAAAUCUCGAACCUAACAGACACUCAAAUUGAGGAGUCCAGCUUCAGCUACAGCAGACAGAACGGACUUUAGUGUUUGCUUUACUUUCAAGAACUGGGAGCCGGCUUAGACUUUGUACUUGAAGGAAUUCAUGUUGGCAGGG